CCGAAAGCCCCGCCCUGCCUCCGCAGCCCGGCCUAGACCGCUCUGCCGUGCGCGCUGCUUCCCAAUCUCCGCGCCCCGGACUAGCCCUUGUCGAGUCCCUAAGCCUGGGGCCGACCUCCUGCCUUCCAGUCCUCCUCCUAGAGCCUCCCAUCGUCCUCCCCAGGCCCCGCCCCGGCCGCUCUAGCCUCGGCUCCUCUCGCUGGUGGCAGCGCUCGGCCGGGCUCGCCUGAGCCACGGGAGGCGCCUGAGGCUGUGGGGCCGAUUGCGGUGGGCCUACUUCGGCCUCCGACUGCCGCCACCAGGAACUGCGCACGGCUGGCGGCCCGCAGGUCUGCGCCGAGGAUCCUUCCGGGCCGGGGUGCGGAGGACGGCGCUUCCCUGAGUGCUGGGACAAGCCCCGGCCGCCGCGAGGGCCUGCGCGCCCCGACGCUCGGUCUUUCUGGUCCUGCGCCCAUUUGAGCUCACGCCCGCCCUGCCCAGCUCCCAAGCGUUGUUCACCACUUUUCCAGUCGAAUUAGUCCUUCUGCACAGGUGCUUCCAGUGGCCUCGGGGCUCUGGAAAGUUAGGACUGUACCUAUCCCAUCAUCUAGCCAUGGGGCCCUGGAACCUGGGAUUCCCGCCGAGCCGCCGUUAGGGCUCCAGGUCCCCGGCUUCUAUUCUUUCACUCCAAAGUUGAAACUCUCUUUCCUGUCUCCUCAAACUCACUACUGCCCACGUCCAUGGCCCUCAAGCCUGGGGGUGAGUGGAGCACAGUCCUGUCCCACCUGGUGCUGGGAAUGGUGUCUCUUCAGGGAGCGGUGAGUUCUGCGCAGUCGAGUCGAGGGGCUGCUGCUGGUUUCCUGCUCCAGGCUUUGGCUGCUGCGUCCAUGCUGGUCCCAGGGCUGGGCACACAUGAAGAUUGUCUUGCUGGAGCCUGGGUGACCACAGUCAUCGGCCUGCCCCUCCUGGCCUUCGACUUCCACUGGGUGAACGGGGACCGCUCCUCUGCUAACCUACUCCUGGGCGGAGGCAUGGUGCUGGCAGUGGCUGGUGACCACCUGGGUCCUGAAGGCUGUUCUGUGGCUGGUCAGGCAGUACUGUUGGUGGUAGCAGUGACCAUCCUCAUUGUGGCUAUUUUUACAGCCAACACUUACGGGAUGUGGGGUGGUGCGAUGCUAGGUGUAGCAGGCCUCCUGAGCCGACUGGAGGAGGAGAGGCUGCUGCUGCUGCCAAAGGAGGAUGUCUGUCGCUGGGCCCUGGCAGCAGGCAGUUGGGCCUACUGCCGGGCUCUGCACACACAGCGCCUGCAAUGGGAAUGACAGUUGCACACAGCAAGGCAGGGCUUCUCCCUUGGUUACCACCUCCCUCUCCACCAGCCUGCUCCUGGAGCCUCCUCCCCUAGGAAUAGGCUUUCUCUCCUGCAUUGGGCUUGCUGCAGGUUGACUGAUGCAGAGUGGAGUUUAGGUGCUGUCUCUUCUCCCGUGUCGUGUAGGAACUUACCUAGACCAGAGUGAAAGGACCAGGGUCCCAGGCAUGUUUGGGGCCUGAUUCUGGGAAGGACAUAAUUUCGGGUUCAGAGAGGCCUGAUCUACAAUAAACCUUAGGAAUUCUACAGGAAUAUGGAAUUUGCCAAUUCU